GACCUUCACCCGUCCAAGGGUCGCGCACGGACAUCCCGUCGUCUACCGAAACAUAUCAAUUGGCCAGCACGCGCUGCAUCGGUGCCAGAGCCUCAUCUCCAGGGCGGCAUCAUCGCGCGGUGUCAUCGGUCAGCCUGGGCCGGGCUGCACUGUGUCUAUCUCUAGAAGAUACAGCGCAACGGUCCGGGUUGGCGGUUAAGAUUACAUCACUGAACCAUGGCAUCUCUGGACUUCGACCAGAAGUUCCUUGGUCGGAUAGCCAAGCAGACUGAAGAAACAAGUCCAUUCCUGUCCAGCGCUCUCUAUCAGAUUCUGGGUCUGUCAGUUCUCCUGGCCCGGCGACUCAUCCGCGCCCGGAAGCUUCGCAAGCUGGACACCAGUCGAGACACUCCCUCGCUCUCUGCCUAUCAACAUAUCCUAUGGAUGUCCCGAGAGGGGCUGUCCAUACUCGAGCUAUACGUGCUGCCAUAUGCGCAGGACAACCAGCAUGGGCCAGAGUGUAGAGUGUUGAGCGUAAAGUUGCGGGCGAGCUUCUACCACAUCUUCUGCCUUUUCCACAACCAACCGCCUGUCACAACGAUGAACAUGACAAGCACUGAUCCUCGCAACCCUGCCCUACCCCCUUUACCAAUGUCACCACCAAAGCAUAGUAAUGGCCACGGUCGCAGGACCGACCCCCCGGGCUUGUCACCCCCUUCGAAGCGCGCAGGCAAACAACCCGCAUUACGCGAACCCAUCGACUCCAUCGUGUCCGAGACAUCAUUCGUCACGAACCCCUAUGCAGCAGGAGGGCCAGUCGGCACACCAUCACCGGGACCGACGAUCAAUGCGCCUCCGGGCCUCAACCCGGUUCCCAUUCCGCAGCCCUCCUCCUUCAUCCUUCCACCGCUGAACUUCGUUCCGUUAGCUAGUGGAUACUUCACCACCGCCACGCAGUACGCUACCUCGUUUCUGCCUGGCUCACAUCCACUGCGUUUAUCGGUUGCGCUUGAGCACAGCGCGUUCUUGUGGGAUUGCGUUCAUGACCAUGAUGCGUCGCGGCGCGUCGCUCGACGUGCGAUCAAGGAUGUCUACCGCGCGCAAGAAGCAAUGGACGACACCGAGUUUGAAGAUGCCGCCGAGCUUGUGGGUAUCCUGGGUCGCAUGAUGAAGCGCAAGAGCUGGGAAGGUACGCCACGCGUCGGAGGCAUGGCGAGCCCCGAGCCUGUCGCACAGAACACUCCCCAAGCAGCUGGUGGCAGAUCGGAGCCUGCAACUAAACCUCUUACUCCUCCCAAGAUUCCCAAUCGGCAAAGCAGCAGAAGAGCGGCAGAGGCCCCACCACUUACAGACCCGUCCACACAGCCGCAGUCAACACCUCCUACACGCAGUCGAGCAAAUACAGCCAGCAAGUCUGUGCCUCGGCAAAAAGAAAGCAACGGCCACGAGACCACGCCCAAGUCGACGCCGCGACGGCGUGCGGACAGUGAUGGUCGCGACACUACACCCCGAAACCGGCAUAUCAGUGUCGAAAGCGGUGCCAGUACAACCCCCCGGGCACCGCAGGGACUAGGUGGUCGCUCUCCCGCCACACCAUCGACGGUCCGAACCGCGCACCGAACCUCAGGCAGCGGCGGCUCCUCAAAAGGAACACCCGUCGCCGGAACCUCAACGCCCCUAACCCAAAGCGCGGCCGCGACCCUUGUCUCCGACAACAUGCGCAACUCGCCCUCGCUGCGUCGCUCACCCCCAAUCCCACAACCACACUCACCCUCUUUUCCCUACGACUCGCGCCUCUCGCCCUCGCAAGAAAGCUCCUACGCCAGACAACAGAGGUGACUAGUAGAGACGGGUCGGGAGAAGCAAAGAAAGAUGGAAGUGCAAUGGACCGACUCCAUGCAUGAAGCCGACCUUGUGCUCCUUCCCAUGACACAGCCCUCUUCGGUUUCAUCGACUCCUAUUGACUUCGCCGGACAGACGUACCCUGAGUACCCGGUCCGCUUUCGGCCUUGAGUUCACCGUCUAUCGGGACGGUAAGAGUGCCGAUCGACAAGAGCGGAGCACUUCCAUCCAUCCCUUCCCGUCGCAGAAGCUACAUACCUCGGCUCGUGGAGCCCAGAUCCCUUGAUACCCCCCCUAUCAUAUCAUCUCAUCACCUAUUCCGAAUCUCUCUUGUAUUGUAUCAUACCUAUUGGCGUUCUUUCGGCGUAUAUACCUCUUCAACGACAUACACGUCCGUCCUGUCUGUU